AUGAAAAUCAUUGAUUUUAAUUCAUUCACGAAUACAUAUAAUUCAUUCAUUAAUGUUUCAUAUGCUUCUAAAGAAGGUGAGCCAAAAACUAUCGAUAAAGCGGUGUAUGAAAUAAAAGCAUCAACGACGAAAUUGAAUUCGUUAACUUUUGACGGUGAUAGUUUCGUUAAUGACAUAACAUCGGGGAAAACAAUUUUAACGAAAGAAUAUUUAAAAUCUCAUGUUAGUGAGUUCGUUGAAAUUGAAAAAGAAGGUGGAAUUAAGUUCGAUCCACUGAAUUUCAUUUUCAGCUUAGCGAAUGCGGGUGUUAGUUUCGCUGAAUGGACAACUAUACAGAGUGAAAUAAAUGCAAUAUGGACGUUUUUGGGGUCAAAAGCGGGAAUGGGUGAGCUUGUAAAUGCUGCAAGAACAUUAGGUGAAACAGGAAAUUUUGUAGAUGGUUUUAAAAGACUUGUUUCAAAUGUUUUAACAAACACAAAGAAAUUAUUUAGAUAUACCGUACAUAACGGACGGAUUUUCGAACAGAUAGCAACAAACCCUCCGGUUAUGGCUGCGUUGAUGAUGGUUAGAGAUAUAAAACCACGUAACGACGGGAACGAAGAACAUGAACAACAGGAUACUGGUCGGGUUAUUCGAGACAUUAAAAACGUGUAUCCUGAAGUUAUUGAUUUAUUUAGAGGAGUUAAUGAUUCAAUUUCAAAACAUUCUAUAACCCUCGAUGAAGAGAAUAAAUUAACAGAUUAUAUAUUCGUCAUUAUUGCAGAAUUAAUGAAGAGAAUAAAUGAAAAAGGAAUUGGUGAUAUCAUUAAUGUCAGCGAUGUAAUGAUGAAAAGAAAUUUUGACUCAUUAUUUACAAAACCGAAAACAGAAUAUAGUCUUUAUGACGUAAUUACCGAAUUAAUGAAAAGAUUA